GUCGGGAGAUGGACGCCGCCCGCGCCGCCCUCCUGGCCCGCGGCCUCGCCGUAUCCACCACCGCCGUCGUCGCCACUGCCACCCAAGCCGUAUCGGUUCCUCGCCUGUCUCCGUGCACCCGCAUACGGCGCCAGCGCCGCUUCCUCCGCCUGGCCUCCGCUGCGGCGUCGUCUCCGCCGCCGCUCCCUGCUGCUUCGGCGCAGCCGCAUUGCUCUAGGUGGGUUGUGGAGAUGGAGAAACCCCCCGCCCCCGCGGGAGGCGGCGAGGUGUCCCGUGCGGAGGCCGUCGACUACUACGUCGCCACACUAGCCAGAGUUUUGGGGAACCAGGAAGAAGCACAGAUGAGCAUAUACGAUGCUUCAUGGGAUGGGAGCUACAAGUUUUGCUGCGAGAUUGGUGAUGAAGCGUCAAGGGACCUUUCAAAAAUUCCCGGGGUAUUAGCUGUUAGGCCGGAUAAGGCUGAUAAAUCAGAGAAAGAACAGAAGGAUAAUCGUGGCUUGGACAUCUCGUCAGCUAACCUUGCAAAUUUCAGUGAUGCUGUGUACGAUAACUCAUGUUCUAGUGGGGAAAAUGAGUUUUGGCUUGUACGAAUGGAGAAGCCUGGGGUUGAAGUUGUGACAAAGGCACAAAUGGUGGACCAUUAUACCCAAAUCCUCACGAAAGUGUUGGGGAAUGAAAAGGAUGCGCAGGUCAGCAUAUAUCACAUUUCAUGGGAGAGGGAUUAUGGUUUCUGCUGUCACAUUGAGAAAGCAUGUGCAAUGGAGUUGGCUGAUGUUCCUGGAGUGUCAUCUGUUCAGCCAGACACAAAUUUUGGAUCUGACAACAAAAACUACAAAGGCAAUGACAGCUUCAAAUCAUCGGAAGCUACUCGAGCUGAUGUCAAAACUAAAAGGCUCUUUGUUACAGGACUUUCAUUUUAUACAUCUGAGAAAACUUUGCGGGCCGCCUUUGAGCCUUUUGGUGAACUGGUUGAAGUGAAGAUAAUAAUGGACAAGAUAUCAAAAAGAUCAAAGGGGUAUGCUUUCAUAGAAUACACCACAGAAGAAGCUGGAGGUGCUGCUCUGAAAGCAAUGAACGGACAGAUAAUAAAUGGCUGGAUGAUAGUUGUCGAUGUUGCUAAAACUAGAUCAAGAGACCGUCAACCCCCAUCUACUGCAUUAGGUAGAUCCCAUCAAAUGCUUCGAUCACGUUAUCAUACUGGAUGAACCUUUCUUUACAAAGGCAUGACACCUAGCGAUUAGACACAAGAUUAGCGUGCAGACGACAGUUUUCUGAUGGUGUUGUACUUUUGCGUCCCUGUUGUUCUAAUCGUCGCGAGAGAAGACAAAGGUCUAGUUUAGAAGUAUCUGACAUCUACUAGAUCAAUACGAUACAUUCUGAUACUGCAUCGCUCAAACGAGCUUGAACAAUUAGCUCAUGUGUAACAUAUUUCUAUCAACAAAUAAUGAAAAAAAAAAGAGAUAGAGACAUGAUU